GCAGUCGCGUGCGGCGGACAGGGGUCCCUCGCACGGAGGCUGGAGAGCUACGAGCGGGAGGAGGCCGAGCGAUGCCCGCAUCCCGGCCCCGUUUCCAUGGCGACGACGACGACAACUGAUCCCGUUCCCACACUCGGCAAGUUUGCGAGUUCGGUUGUGGAUGCCAGCGCUGAGUGGUGUCGGUCGACUGGGAACGGGGAUUGUGACGCUGACGCGAGGGAAGAGUCCAGCGAUGGAUUGUUUUACGAUGACUCCAUGGAUGUUGCUGAGGAGGAGUAUAGUCAUGGUUUCCUUGAGGAACUGGCCACACUUCCCAUUGACAUCGAUGUGGAUGAUCUCAACACUGUGAUUCUGGAGUCGGCAAACCAGCUGUUGGAGUUUGAAGAGUGGAUGGUGGGAUGGCAGCAGGAAAUGACUGUGGGGGAGGGCGACUCGCAGGACUUCAGCCAGAUUAUCCGGGACUUGCUGGAGACAUUAGAGGCUAACCACAGGUGUCUGAAGGUCGUGUAUGACCAGAUAGCAGGACCAACCGCCACACUGUCUGUAUCUGAGCAGGAGAUCACUACUGUGGCAGACUUGCUGCACCGCUGGCAGGGUCUCAUCGAUGCGGCGGGGGGCGCGCAGCGCACGUGGGAGGCUGUGCGUGCGAUGCAGAGCGACAUCAUCGCACUCGAGGAGAUGCUCGUUGUCAUGGAGAUAGAGGGUCUCGCCGACUGCUCCGAUGACUCGCCGAUGGACCUCGGCUACCUAGAGGAAGCGGUGUCCGCGCUGAAGGAGCAGCUGCAUCGGCAGGAAGACAUGAGGAAGAGAAUACUCUCGGUGAACAUGCUCCUCCACGGUUUCCAUGGCAACCACCCCAGCAUCAAUGUCAACGCUCUGCAGGACGACAUCACUCCCAUCUUGCUGAAGUCGGAUGAACUACAUCACAGGUCAUCGUGUAGACUGGCGCGCCUCUCUCCGCUGCUCGAUCACUGGCAGGCAUUCUUCGAGAACGUCUGCGAUCUAAGAUUCGUCAUCGCCGAGGAGCGAAGCCGACUCGCGCCGCUGCUGGCGGAGGAUGAGGAUGAGGAGGCUGGGGAUUCGUACGACACGCUGGAUGCGCUGUCGGAUGUGCAGGGCGUACUGGACGAGCUGAACAGCAUAGAGCGACGCUACCGCUCGCUCUCCGACGAUUCCGAAGCCAUCCUGGCCAUUGGCGACGACGACACGAAUGCCGGCGUCGUCGACGACCUCUCAGAGGUCGCGGCCGAGCUCGCUGACCUCCGCGAGAAGUGUGGCGACCUCGCGCGGCUCCUUGAGUCAGAGCUCGACGAGACGAGGCGGCGCGCAGCUGAGUCAUUGUUGCCUGCGGAGACGAGUCGACCCGCGUCUGAGGCGUGCAUCGUUGAGACGGGGUCGUGCGUGCGCGAGUUCUCGCCCGGGUGUGACGUGAGCGUCGAUGAGAUGGGGUUGUACGCACCGGAGUCAUUGUCUCGCGAGAUGCGUUUACCCACGUGUGACUCGCACAGUGAGACGCAGUUACCAGCAUCUGAGUCGUACAGUGAGACAACGUCACCCGCAAUUAUCUCGUCCAGCAAGACAGAUUCAUCCACAUCCUCGCCGAGCGACGAGACAAGAUUACCGAUAUCAGACUCGUAUAAUGAGACAACAUCAGCCGCGCCCAACUCGCACAUUGAGACAGUUUUACCCACACCUUCUCCAUUCGAUGAGACGAGAUUACCGACGCCGGACUCACGCAGCGAUACAAUGUCAUCCAUGCCCGACUCACCGUGCGAGGAGGCGCGAUUUUCCACUCACGACUUUUCGUUGGACGACACGCUACGUCUUGCGUUGUCGGAUAUGGAUGACGAUGACGAAGACAACGAUGAUGUGGAUCCGUCUCUUGUGGGUCGUAUGCAGACGGGCGACGCGGCAACAACUCCUUGCAGAGAGUCGUCGCUCGCCGGUCAGCGGACGGGGGAGGAAUCGUCGGAGAGGGACCGCGCCAACUCGAGGACAGAGAGCGAGCGUCGCCGCGGCGACGACCCUCCGGAGGAUGUCGACUCCACUUCACCGGUGGGAGAGGAAGGGGAUGGGGUUUCCCCGCGGAGUGGAGUGGAGAGGAGGAUGGAUCUCGCAGGGAAGGUCGGAGAGGAAGGUCUGGCAGAGGCAUCCACGAUCGGGAAGCAGAGGAAGGCGGGUAGCGGAUGUGAGCCGGAGCAGAGCAGGCCGUCUAAAAGGAGGCGCCACACACGCGACGCGGCGACCCGCGCGCGACCUCUGCUCGUCCGACUGCUCGCCGCCUCGCUGCCGUUCUACGUGCUGCUGCUCUGCGUCUUUCUGCUGCCGCCGCUGCUCGAGCCACGCUGCUGCAACAACAUCAACGCCUACGCGAGCUCGUGGAGCACGGCGCUGACGUGGAGGUGGGGCGCGCCGCCGACGUGAUGUCGCAGCAUCCGUCUGUAAGGGGGCGCCACCGACGUGAUCUCGCGGCAUGCGUCUGCAAGGGCGCGCCACCGACGCGAUCUCAUGGCAUCCGUCUGCAACCGGGAGCCACCAAUAUGAUCUCGCGAAAUCUGUCUGCAAGGGGGCGCCACCGACAUGUCGUACAACCAUCUACCAGGGGGCACCACUAACGUGGUGCCAACCACUCGUCUAUGUGCGAGCGCUACCCCCUACAAGAUACGGCCCACCGGUCUACAAGAGGGAGCCACAGAACAUGAUCGCUGCCACAGGAGAGGAGUGGCGUCGCUUCAAUACUCGCAUGUCUAAGAAUGGUUUCAAGGGUCCUCCAUGUUUCUAGACCUCUGUACGGGGGCGCCACUAGCUUACUCACAUUCUGAUGAUGUCAUCAAUGUUAGUGUGUUGCAGUGGGUACACAAUCCGUGGGGCCUGUGAUGGGUUAGGACAGGAGCACACACUCCACUUGAACUGUGCUCCCCUAGUAUGUAGCCGAUGUUAUGUGCCUCUCUAAUAACUUCCAAUGCAAAAGAUCAUGUCAGUGCGUAAUUUUGUUUUCACUUGUGUGGCAGUGAUAUGUUACUAGAAUCUCACACUCAUUCUAUUAAUUGGAAUGCAAUUGUGGUAAUAGCUGAUGGAAGAGUUUACAUGAUGUAGUCAUGCCUUGGGUUACAUUCUCUCUUCCGGUAGGGAUUCAGGUGUUUUCUGUGCCAGUUUUUGACAGUAUGUAUUGGUAAUUCCAGUUUGCUAAGUUAUAAAUGUCCGACACUUUUUAUUCGUCGUGCAAAAGGUAAGUAUAAAUGUUAUAGUUAUAUUAGUUAUAAUAAGUAAAAAUAAAACCAGCGCGUGCAUGUGUAUGUAUGCAGCGUAUUGUACAGUAAUAUAAUGCAUAGGUAUCCUAUAUUAAUAAUACAUAAGAUCCCCACCCGUAAAACCUCGUGUGAUUACAGUAGUGUUGUUCUUCUCGAGAAGAUUAGCUACGUGCUCGCUAGAUGGCGCCACGAUUCAAAAACCUGACAUGAAUGCGUAAUGCGGCUUUCAUCGCGGCGUUGGGAAUCGCCGUGGUGAACGAGUUGAAGAGAGGCAGAGAGAGAGAGAGAGCGUGCGCGUGACUGCUGCUGCUGCUAGGGCAUCGCGACGCGCUAACGUUUUGUAACCGCAUAACUAAACGUUUUGUAUAGAUCGUGUUAUUUUUAUGCCAGCAUUAACAGUGCCAAAGCCCUACGCGCGCACGCACGCGCGUUCGUGCGCUAUUGUCUCGUGAAUGAGAAAAAGUUUAGAAACUGUUGAGUAGGGCCAUGAGUGACUCGCAACUUCGUCGUUUUGCUCAAGCGGGAAACGAACGCUCGGGACACAAAAAUGAGUCUUUCUUUUAAAAACAUAAACAUGCUCGUGGCCGUGGAAGCACGCGGAAGCACGAUCGACGCGCUGGGGAAGGAGGGUGGGAGGCAGAGCGUGGUUACAUCAUAAUCGCAGGAAACUUUCCCACACAUGCAUCACGGCAUCCCGCUUCCCUCCCCCCGUACUCUCUGGCUCUCCCAUCGAGGUUAAUCAGUGCACGGGCAUGGCCGUCGGCGCGUUAACUCUUUCAUCACGCCAGCGAACGUAAAUACCUCCGCGACUAAACCUGGCGGCGACUUCGCAGGUAGCGGGUAGACUGACUCCCGCCUCGCGUUGGGAAUCGAGCCGCGACGCGAGUCGGAGACGCGCGGGGUCAGUCUAGGUCGCGCGGGGGGUCUUUGUCGUCGGGCUGCCACUGUCAGCACGAGUAUUGUCGGCUGCGACAUUGUGACGUUGUUGAGAGACGGGGCGCGCAUGCCUCCGCAUCAAGUCUAACCCUUUGACUCCCUCCCCCUUCUCUCUCUCUCUGUCUCUCUCCCCACUUCCUUCUCAGAUGUGUUUGCGUGUGUGUAUCGAGCGUGAUGAUUGAUACAGGAGGGAUGUGUGGGGAAGGAAGCUGUGUGGCGGAGUUUUACCGUGAGAGAACGUUGGGAGGGAUGAGGAGGGAUAUUUAGGAAUGUCCCGUGAGAGAAGGUUAGUUUGGAUGAAGGAGGCAGCUAAUAAGGGGGGGGGGUGCACCGUGAGUGAGCGUUCGCUUUGAGCGUUUUAGCGAGAGCUAUGGGAUGGAGGAGAAAUCUAAGGGUAAAGUCCCGCGAGAGAGGAAAGGAGAGUGAUGAAGCGAAGGGAGAAGCUAAUGGGGGGGGGGCGGUCGUAACGUAAGUAAAAUUUGGGAAGGACGGAGAAGGAAGCUAGCGGCGAGUAAUGUCACGGUAGACCGUUAAAAGGAAAGCAGUGAAAACGAUAGGUAAGGGGCCGUUCACUGUUGAGGGAGUGUUAGCGGGAUCUGGAGAUGAUCCGAAAUAGAACCUGUCAUCUGUAUAUAUCUAUCUCUGUUGCUGUUUGUACUUGUUAUUUUAUUGCAUGUUCUUGUUAUUUUAUUGCAUGUUCUUGUUAUUUUGUUACAUGUUCUUUUAUGUUCAUCCCUCUUCUCGCCGAUGUUUUGUAAUGGUUUAUCAUGUAGGGCAAUGUCAUGCUAUGUCGUAUCAUGUGUCAUGUCGUGUCAUAUCACGCCGUGUUGUGUCGUUGUGUGUUAUGUCGCACCGUGCCAUGUCAUGUAAUGCCGUGUUGUAUCAUGUCAUGUCAUAUAACGUGUCGGUAUCGUAACGAUAUGGUGGCAUGUCAUGUCGUUGCGUGUCAUUUCAUGGCAUGCAAUGUAACGUAAUGUUCAGUAUGGUUUCGUCCAUCGUACACCGCAUGCCCCCCGCCCCUGGCCCACUGCCCCGCCCGCUCCGCUUCUCUCCGCAACGUCAUACGCAGUGUUUCGACCGCAUCCCCCCUCCCCCCACCCACCGCCCCGCUUCUCACCACAACGUCAUACGCAGUGUUUUGACCGCAUCCCCCCUCCCCCCACCCACCGCCCCGCUUCUCUCCACAACGUCACUCGCCGUGUCUCGAACGCCGUACACCGGGUCGCGUUAAACGCCAUUGUGACGCGUUCGUUCGGCAGUUCACGUGCGUGCGGUCGGCGCGUUACGGACAUAAUCGCGUGCGGUCGCUAAUCUGCUGGCGCGAUGCCGCCGCGGCCGCCGCGAUGCGCUUUUGUUUGCGUCGCAGACGCGCAGCAGCAGCAGCGGCGGCGGCUUAACUCGUCGUCGUCGUCGCCAUGGCGUCGGCGCGAGUUCGAACGCCGACGUCGCAGCUGUGCGUGAUUGUUUAUGGGUUUUUUUGCUCGAUGAAUGUUUCGACGGUGUUUUCGUGGGUUUUUCUCGCGAUUUUAAGUUAGCUUUUUGACGGUUUUUAAGGUGGGUUUUUGACGGUUUUUAGCUGGAUUUGUUGGCGGUGUUUAAGGUGGAUAAUUGGGGGGGAUUUUUCGACGGGGGUUUCGCCGAGUUUCCUGUCCUGCGAAUUCGCGUCAUCGUGGAGGUGGGGUGCGCUGGCUGGCAUGCCCUGAAGCUGGUCGAACCGCGCGUGGCGUCUGAACAAGCGUGAACCGUACGUGAGAAAGAGUUAAACCGCGUGCAUGCUGACCAUGACGUGCAACUGUGCGCUAUACACCCGAUGAUGCCCAUGAUCUAAACUAGCAUGGCAGUGACGUCAUAAGUAGCUAUGAGUGUCAGAACUCUGUAACGUCAUAGCUUUCGCGCGAUGCCUCAAAAGUUCAAAAAGUUUAUUCGUUUAAAAGUUAGACAUGUUGCCAUAGCUAUUUAUGAUGUGUCUAACAACGGGCCCCAUGUGUAACUGCAUGCUCGAAGAUGU